GGGGUGGGUAGGAGGAAAGUGUGGGAACGCGGGCGCCCGAGCCCGGGCGUACAAGGCUCGGGAAAAGCGCGGGACCUGUCCACAACCUCGCACCCGCCAAGAUCGGCGCGCCGCGUCGCCAGCCAGGCCAAGCACCCGCAAGUUCGCAGACCCGCAUGUGGAAUGCGUUCCCUUCUCCCGCACGCGACUGCGCCCGGGACACAGACCCACAAAGCUUCACGCGGACCCACGAGUGAGCAAACAGCGCCGAGCAGAUUUACCGAGCAGAGGUGCGCGCUCCGCUCCCCUCCCCCUGCCCUCCCCUCCUCCACCUCCCCAGCCCCCAGGCCCCGGGCAGCCGCGCGCCGGGCGGGGCGGGGGCGGGGCGGGCUGUCGGGCGGCGCCUGCCCAAAAGGCGGAGUCGCGAAGCGGAGGGGCCAGAGCUGCGAGCGCCGUGCUGACUGCGCUGCCGAGAAACCCUGCGGGAAUCCAGACUCGGAGGAGCCCCUCGUCCCCGCCCGGCCUGGCCAGGCCCCGCGCUAUGGAGUUCUUCUGGGCCUCUUUCUUGGGUCUGUGCUGCAGUCUGGCCGCUGCUAACCGCCACACCGUCUUCUGGAACAGUUCAAACCCCAAGUUUUGGAAUGAGGACUACACAGUACAUGUGCGGAUAGAUGACUACCUGGACAUCAUCUGUCCUCAUUACGAGGAUAACUCUGUGCCAGAUGCGGCCAUGGAGCAGUACACACUGUACCUGGUGGAGCACGAGCAGUACCAGCUGUGCCAACCCCAACCCAAGGACCAUGCCCGCUGGUUCUGCAAGAGUCCCAAAGCCAAGCAUGGCCCGGAGAAGCUGUCUGAGAAGUUCCACCGCUUCACAGGGUUUACCCUCAGCAAGGAUUUCAAAGAGGGACACAGCUACUACUACAUCUCCAAGCCCAUCCACCACCAGGAAGACCGUUGCUUGAGGCUGAAGGUGAUGAUCGCUGGCAAAAUCACUCACAGCCCUCAGGCUCAUCCCAAUGCACAAGAGAAGAGACUUCCAGCAGGCAGGGGCAGGGGGAACCUCGCUGGACUGAGGGCCAGUGCCAGCAGUAGGGCCACUCACCUGGGAGGCCUUUGCCCUCUCGUCUCGCAGAUGACCCGGAGGUGCAGGUCCUGCAUAGCAUCGGGCACAGCGCCGCCCCUCGCCUCUUCCCACUAGCCUGGGCUGUGCUGCUCCUGCCAUUCCUGCUGCUGCAAAUCCCGUGAGGGUGUGCACCCCAUCUACUGUAAGGACUGGAACCAGGCUGAGGAGGCAGGCGGGCCUCCCUCACCUACCUGGGGCCCCUCCCAAGGCCCCAGUCCUGGGAACCACUCCCACCACAUGCUCAAGCUGCCCCCCAGCAGCCGCAAAACGGGUCGAUAUUUAGGGUUUCAACCCUAAGGAGGUCAGAGAGCCUGACAGUGCCAUUCCCACGUCCGUGUCAGAAGGAUGGACAAAGAAGUGGAGACAGUCUUCUCUCCGCCAUUCCUGCCCUUAAGCCAAAGAAACAAGCUAGACAGACAUGGCCUCCUAAGGGCACCGUGGGAGCCGAACUGGAAGGGGCUUGGGGGUCACAAGAUGGACACUGAGCUUGGCAAAGAUGCCCCUCCCAUGGAGAGCCAGGAUGGCUCUGACAGAAGAGCAAGAGACAGUUUCCUGCUUGGGAGCCAGGGACAGAAGCAGCAUGCUUGCUUGGGUUGACCCAGCAUCUCCCCCAGGACUUGCCUCUGUGGAGCUGCCACAAGGAGGUCUGUAGUCAGACACUGCAUCCUCUCUCAUCCUGGGACGUCACUCCGCAGAGCUGCACCAGCAGGGGGGCUGUGCCAACCUGUUCUUAAGAGUGUAACUGUAAGGGCAGUGCCCACGUGCAGAGUCUAUGCCUAGUAUGUAGCCUGAAGGGCAGGGCCCACAAGUACGGAAUGUAUAUGAACUUGAUGUGUGUCUAUGCUGAUUUCUACAACUGGAAUUUUUUUUUUAUACAGUGUUCUUUGUCUCAAAAUAAAGGAAUGUGUUUGUUUUUUUGGACAUGA